AUGGCAGAGCCAGCGGCAAGAGCAGAAAGCUCUUGCAGGAGAUGCCAUCGAAGGAAAAAGCGCUGUGAUAAGACCCUCCCCCAGUGCAAAGCAUGCCAAAAGGCCAAUCAACGAUGCAGUUAUUUGGAUGACGAAAAGGAGACGGCCACCUUUUCGAUUGCAUAUGUACAUGGGUUAGAGCUUCGUGUCAAAGAACUGGAACAGCAGUUGGCCAUUUGUUUGGACAUACAAACCACGGAAAAUGGAAAAUUACCACACGACUUUCAUGAAGCAACGCUGCUCUAUAAUACUACUCCACCAGAUCAAUCAUCAGCAUCAGCCAUAUCGUCACCGCCGCAGAUGCAAGCAGGAACGACGACUCAGCAAAGCAUGGUGAAUGUAUCUCCUACUCGCCAACGUAGUCCCAAUACUCGCAGAUCCGAGUCAUUGGCCAAUGAGCUGAAAUUGCUCUCCCUGGAGGCUGCUGCAGAACGACACGUUGGCUCGUCAUCGGGCAUUUCGUUUGCUAAACUCACCCAGGCAGUUCUUCGGCGACUGUCUCCAGAUCGACAAGAGUUUGUAUUCGAAGACGGAUUGCACGAGGGCCAAGAAGAUAGUGACCUUGGGCUUGAAAAUGGAUCUACUCCCACCUUUACAUCCGCUUUUACGGAAAUCAAUACCCACUUGGUCCCGUCCCCGUUGCCACAGCAUCAUCAGUAUAGUUAUGCUCCAAACGAUCAGCCAGACGACGAUCUUCAAGAUCUUCAAGAUCUCACUCUUCUAGAGAUGCCGCAUAUUAGUCAUCUUCUUGAAUUCUAUUUUGCCCACUCCCACACACUUUAUCCGAUUGUUCCGCAACAAGAACUGACAAAUGUACUAUGGCGAUUAUACGCCAAUCCCAGUGAUGCCCUGGGGGAUUCCCCAUUGUGGCGAUUUCGGAUCUGGAUGGUUCUAGCCAUUGGUUCUACAGCAUACUCUUCAGUCUCCUUGCUGGAUGAGUCUGAAUCCGUACAACUAUUCAACAAAGCGAUGGUUCAUUUCGAGGCUGCCAUGGGAUGUGGAGAUUUGGCGGCUCUGGAAGUACUAAUGCUGCAAGUGUCUUAUUCCUUUUUCAACAAAAUCGGUCCCAAUACUUGGAUUUUGAUCGGGAUGGCGGCUCGUAUAGCAACUGGCAUGGGGCUUCAUUCAGCCGAUCAAUACAAGAGCUUGGCCGUUGACAUUAUUGAGCACCAAAAGCGUCUCUUUUUUUCGUUGUAUAUGAUGGAUCGUGUUGUUUCUCUAGCACUAGGUCGUCCAUUUGCCAUACAAGAUGACGACAUUACUGUGGAGCCUUUUGCAGAUGCGGAUGAUGAAAACAUUCGACCGGACGGUAUCAUACCAUCCACGAAAUUAGAGCCAUCAACUAUGGCCAUUCCGUUGCACAUUUUGGCUCUCCGAACCAUCGCCAGUGAAAUCGGGAGUCGAGUUCACUCUGUCAAGAACAGGGAGCCUGUUCUUCGGGUGCUGGCCGAGGCUUCUAGCAUGGCUAUCCGGCAAGCCAUUACAAUGCAUCGACAGCAGCGGUUCUCGUAUAAUUGGCUCAAUCUCGCCGUUCUAUUCAAUGCGACACUCUCGUUGAUGUACUCCACGACAGCGCAGCCGAAUAACCUGUCGCAGGUUUUGGAGUCUUCCAAAGCUAUUGAGGAUCUAGAGCUGAGCAUUGAGUUAUUACAUGCUUUCAGUAGGAAGUUUGCUUCUGCUAAACGGAUACAGAGUAUGGUUCAGAUUGUUUUGGCGAAGCUGAGAAUGCAGAUUGUCCAUUUGGUAGCAUAG